GGGUUGAACCCUGUCUCUGCCCAAGAACUGUACCGUCAAAUGCCUAGGUUGAGAAGGCGGGAUCGCGAACAGCUUGCUGUGGCUGUCAUGGCCAUAGCCGGCAAAAUGGCAGAGGAUGCUUUUCACAUGAUGGACGUUAUCAUGGGCCCUCCCCCAAAACGUCUGCUCUCUGCAAACCACGGUGYURAUGCUGGUYUGGCAUCAGKGCUGGAASAUGAAGAUGACGAYAGAACAGGCAGGCACAGUMUGUUGUGGUUGUGGCCAGCAAUUGUCAACCUGCUAGACUUGUUCCCUCGUGCCUCGCCUAGAUGGUGGGUCAUGCGUCGGAGUGGAGGUCUAUGGAAGGAUCUCCUUCCUGUUGACGAUGCGCAGAACGACCAUUACAUAAGCCUUCUCCAAAUGCGACGGUCGAGAUUCGAUCGGCUUCUGCGGAGGGUUGGUCCGUUGCUGGAGAAACAAGUGACAAGAUUCCGGCUGCCUCUCCCGCCGGCCAAGAAGCUCGCGUACUCUCUCCACAGGUGGGCUCAUGGCGACGCACAUAGGCACAGUUGUUCAGGUUACGGACUCGGCAAAACCAGUGGCCUGCGUGUUGUGCGAGAGGUUGCGGAGGCGAUCAUCGCAUCUUACCCUAAUGUUAUUGGGUUUGGGGGGCACGAGGAACGUCAUGCCCGCAUGGACGUGUUCGCUCAGAAGGGUUUCCCGAAUUGCUGGGGGUGCAUAGACUGCACUCAUGUGUAUAUGGACAAGCCCCGCGCACGCGAUGACGAUGAUUAUUGUUCCGACCGAAACAAGCGGUUCUCUGUCGUGGCACAGGUGGUUGUGGACUACGACCUCAAAAUCCUGGACUUCUGUUACGGCUUUCCGGGCACUGUUGGCGAUGCUCGUGUGCUGAAGCACACAUCGUUGUACCGCAGAGCGCUGAAGGGCACACUGUUCUUGGAUGAAGAGGGCGACCCUUUCCGUGCCGAGAGGCCAGUCAUCCCUGGUGUGCCUGUUGGGUACUUGCUCGGGGACGGAGGUUACCCCAGUAUCCCGUGGCGCGUGACACCACACGGGCAGCAGGGCAAUGUCACGCGAAACAUGCAGGUCUUCGAUUCACUGCACAAGAUUGUCCGAUCAUGUGUAGAGCGUUUUUUUGGGGUUUUUAAAAUGCGUUUCCAGUUUUUCUAUCGUCCACAUGUGGCGGACAUCAAAAGAGAAUGCUUGGAGUUCCACGCAUGUUGCAUUCUGCACAAUCUGCUGCAGGCGUGGGGUGAUGUUCCCGAACAGGACAGCGACGACUCUGAUGGUUGUUCUCCACCUGUGCCACCUCCCGAGGUUGAUAGGCGAGCUCAGCAAGCCUUGAGGGAUGCGAUUCGCGAGAGAGAUGAGGUGAACCACGAGAGGGAUGACGUGAGGAAGAGGUUGGAGGCCGCCGAGAUCGACGUGCAGGUAGCGGCCGCCAAAGACGAUCUGCGAGGUCCAUCGCUGCAGUCACCGGCCGCCAAAGGCGACGUUGCCGGAGUCACAGUGUGCGACGCCUCGGAAUGAGAAGGGGACAAAUGGGGAACCCGGCUACCAGCCACAACAAACGGAUCCCGUGACU